GUCACGUGGCGUCACGUAACCGUUGUUGAUUCCCCACUCCUCACCAUACUAUACGUGAAUGUGAAUGUGUCUUGAAUCGUCCAUUUUGAUUAGUUUUGUGCGGGAAGAAUUUUUUUUGCAAUAUUGGAAAAUAUCCGCUUGUUUUUGAUUCAGAGUAUCGUAAGUCUGCAAUUUUUUUUCGAUAAUUUGUCUUAAACAUCGAGUUUAAUCAUAGGAAACGGAAUCAAUUUGGGUAACAGUGCAGUUCUUUCUGUAAAAUUGAUGAGAGAACUGGGAGGUUCGAACACAGACACAGGAAGUGGUUUGCUGGUGAAUUGUGAAAGUUCAAUCUGUUUGCGCCUUGUUCACUGACCGAAGUGUCCAAUUUUCUGCUAACCUAACUAUUACUUCAAAACAAAACACCGUUCAAAAGAAUUUUGAAAAAGUUUGAUGCUGGAGUAUGAACGAAACAUUUGUGCUGUAGUUUGUUAGUGCUAGGUGUUUGGUUUAUUUUAUAAACAUGGAAGAAAAAUGUAGAACCUGUGCUGAGCAUAGCACUAAGAUGUAUCAUAUGAACGACAAAAUUGGUGCAUACGACAGAACCAUUCGUGAAAUGGUACUUACACUUGUACCUGAGCUGAAGGGACGGCUACAAGAUACUGAUGUUGUGUGUAUCCUAUGCAGAAGACUAUUGCACCAGUGUUUAAAGUUUAUUGAGAAAUGUUUUCAGUCUGAUGAAAUCUUACUGUCAGCCUCAAAGGUCAUGAAGCAAACGGAUUCAUUCAAGAAGCAAGUGGAUGGUGGAUUCAAAAAAGAUCAACAUAAAACUGUCGCAGAUAUUGAUUCUCUAGAUAAUGUUAAAUACAAUGAAAUAUUUGAUAAAACAUAUCAAGAUGAAAGUAUUGGAAAUGUUAAUGAUAAAUCACUCAGAAAGACCAAUGCAGCUCAGAAGAAUGUUAGCACGACUGUUAACAACAUUCUAGCAGUGGAAAAACAACUUGAAAAACUGUUUGCUGAAGAGAGUGAUGAACUAAGUGACCAUGAUUAUAGCAAAGGCGAAUAUUUAGCUAUAAACAAGUUAGAUGCACCACCCAGUAGUAUCGUAGGUGCCCACAAUAGGAUUUUGUCUGUGAAUCUGCCUAAAAAUGGCCCAGAGCUAUUCAUUGCUUCUCUGGCUACAAUUGAUGUAAACGUUUUUGGAUGUUCGUUGAAUACAGAACCUAGUUUUGAAAAUAAAAGGAUUUUGUUGGUUGGAGACUAUGGAGAUGGAGUUAAGUGUGAAUUCUGUGAAAAGAUUUUUAUAAGCCAGGAGUAUUUAGAAAAACAUACUGUACGCCAUGAAGAAGAGAAGCAAGCAAUGGAGCGAAGAAAUCAGUUGAGGAAGAGAAAACGUGAAUUAGGGAGACAGAGGUUUAAGAAACAGCAAGAGGAACGAAAGAAGAACAUGGUGAUGAAAAGUCGAAAAACCUCGUAUAUGUGUGAACAGUGUGGCAAAACAUUUACCCAGCACGCCACCUACUAUGGUCAUAAAAAAACCCAUAAGGACAUGACUUACAUAUGCCACAUUUGCGGGAUGAUUCUGAAACGUGCUGGUAGUUUGAGGGUGCACGUUUCUGUCGUACAUGGCGAAAAGAAAUAUCGGUGCACAUUGUGUCCUAAGGUGUUUAGAGCCGAGCUUUACUUAAAAAAACACAUUAGUGUUUCUCAUAUGAAGCUGCAUAGAGUACAUUGUGAGGAAUGUGGAAAAACCUGUGGAAGUGUAUCUGCUCUCAAAUGUCAUCGUGCUGUGGUGCAUAGGAAAGAAGUAAAAUGUUUUUGCCCCAUUUGUGGACUAGGACUGUACAGAAACGACUAUUUGAAACGGCAUAUGAGAAGACACAUGGAGGCAGGCAAGGAAGGCAAUGACACUGGUGAGAGGAAAAAAACAGAUUGGAAAGAGCCUAUUCCAUGCAAAAUUUGCGGUAAGGUAGUUGUUAGGCAGAAUAUGUAUAACCACCUGAAGAAUCACAGAGCUGAAAGAAAGUUCAAAUGCAGCGUUUGUGGAAUGACGUUUAAAUUCAAAAAUAACGCAGAACGACAUGAGAGGUUGCAUCAGAAGGAUUCAGGAAAAUUUAAAUGCCAUGUUUGCUGGAAAUCUUUCAAGGAUCAGUCCGACUACGACGAACACAUGACUCACCAUAAUAAAACCUACACGUGUCCAGUGUGCAACGAAGGCUUCGGAAGAAAGUUCGCGUUGAAAAGUCAUCUGUAUGACGUUCAUCCAGAGGUUGCCACAUCGCUCUUGGACACGUUUGAUCUGCGUCGCCCCUACAAGAAGAGGUAUCAGCGGAACACCGAAAACAUGCUUGUUAAAGAGGAAGAGGAGCCAGGAGAAUAUGUGCCGGAACACGAUCAGACAGUAGACGGUACAGAUGAUCCGCUACAGAAUGUCAACAAUGAUGAAGAUUCUGCCGAAGUUUAUGAGUACUUGGAGAAUGAAGAACACGCAGAUAACGUGAACUUUGAUUCAACGUUCCAGGGAGUAGCUGAUUCGGAAGAUCGCCUUUCCAUGGAGGAGCAAUACCUGGAACCAGCCUACGAAGAGGAAGGAGAAGAAACUAGAGCAGUUAAACUCCUUAUUGCAGGUGAUGAAAAUCAUAUCGAAAAUGAAGAAGUAGUUGAAGGUACAUUUGAAGAAUAUGUUAUUGAAAAUGAAAACGGUGAGAGGUAUAUUGUAAAGAAUGGACAAUAUCUUGAAGAAGAAGGAGAAGUAUGUUGAUCUAAUUAUAUAUAUAUAUGUAUAUUUAAUGCUUUGUUCCCUCCAUGUGAUAAGUAAGGCGGACCGACCUCCGUGGUAUACAUGCUUUAUAGCCCAAUAAUAUUCGCAUAUAUAGUAUGAGUCAACCAUAUUGACACAGAUUUUCAAUAGAGGGGUAAGAGUUUUGAAAAAAAAAUUAGUACCUGAAGUAUUAUAUACGGUGUCCCCUCCAAACUAUAUAUGUUUUAAUGAGAAAAUUCAAACCUUGACCCCUCCAGGAAUGUUGUCAGAUCUCCGGAGGGCGGUUAGUCCAUUAUUAUUUGAAUAUACCCGAUAAAUGUAAGCGUUCUGAAUUUUGGAUUAUAUUUGAUAAUACGGAAACAACUAAAUUGAGCGAGAAAGUUUUUUAUUCACAACUAAAUUCUUAAAACUAGGGGAAUUCAGUACAAAAUAAUAAAUUUACUUCAAAUUUAGUCUUAUGAGGUGCUGAAUCUUGGAUUUUAUGACUGCAACACUCCUUGUAUUAUUCGUUGAUUUUCCAAAUUCUUUUAUCUCGGAACUACAUGGGUAAGUGCCUUUUGAUAUGAAGCUUUUGAAAUGUUCCUUCAGUGAUUUUAUUUCUUCAGUGGUCCAACCUAAGUAAAUAAAAUAUAUUGUAAAUAGUAAGUAAUGGUACAUCAGGGAAUUUCUAUUAAAUUAAUUUGGCAAAUGACAGAUAUAUAAAUACCUCUUUUUUUAUUAGUGUCCGGUUUCCUUUUCUUGUUGCUUUCAUCAUUUCCAGUAAAAUCUAAAAAAGUGAUGGGGGCUUAAGUCUAUAGUUAUUAUUUUAUAGAGUGUUUCAAUUAGGUACAUAGUGAAAAAAGAAAAUAUGUAACAGAAUUAAAAUAUGUUCAAAGAUGAUAUUGCCAAAUAAUCAGGAAUAAUUAUUUGAAAGUAUUAAGCAACGAUCCCUCGAACAGAUAAUUAUUUUUAAAACCUUUCUACUAAUUUAUAAUUAACUCACUAUUUUUUUUGACCCAUCACACUCCAUCGAAGAAGUUUCAUCUUGGUUUGUAUCAAUAGGGCUUUGUUUAUCUACAACAAACAUGAGAAUAUUGUUUCAAGUAUAAAAUAAAGGUACUUAGGUCUGAAAUUUAAUAUCUAAAUUUUAUUAGAAUUUUUAGGCAGAAUACUUGUUGAACAUUCUGCAUUUUAGAUACGUAUAUUACCUUUAUCAUUAUCGUCUACAUAUUCAUCAAUAUUAACUUGAAUUUCUGACAAAGAUUUGCCUUCGAACUCCGAUGGAUUUCCUUUUUCCAUCAUAGAAAGCAGUUUCACUACUCUGGCUGUCUGAUAUAUAUCAAUUGGUAAUCUAAAAUAAUAAAACACAGUGAUAUUUUAUUUAACAAAAUCAUAUACCUGAGUUGUAUAUGAAGUAAAUUAAAGCAAAUUGUGUUAAAAAUAUCUGUUAUGACUGUAUCACAAUUUGGUAUGGAUUGUCUACUUGAAUAAAAAAUUAUUGUAUGAAACAGGUGUUUAUGAUAGAAUCUAACUUACUCAUAAAACUCCUCAUGGGUCUUUUCGGUAUGACCCAUGAAUUUGGAAAACUGCUUACGAUCGUUUUGUGACAUGCUAAGAACUUGCAUUGCUGUUGCUAUAUGUUUGCGCAACCUAUUGCUAGUUAUAGCUGUCCCAUUUUCUAAUUUCAUUUUAUUCGUUAGAUUUCUGAAUGCAACAUCCCCUUGAGCCCACUUGAGUUUACUAUUAGGUAAUGCGAAAAUAUAUUGGUUAUCCGGAGGAAUAUAUUUAUCUCUAUUUUCAAUCAGUAUUGUGAUAAAGUGGUGUAGCAAUGGAGGAACUAAUAUGACAACGGCACGUGAUCCUUUUCCACCAUUUACGACUCUUCUGUAGUGUUAUGUUAAGAUUUUUUCAUGUUCCGAUAAUGCAUUCUCGAAGUCUUGAAAAUCUGUUUUUCUUUCGGAACAAUAGUCAUUCACUUUAAGAUACUGAACAUCACCAAUUCUGCGUCUAUUGAAAAGGAUUAACAGAGCCAGAGCACAUUGAGCCAAUAACUUGUAUGUCUCAUUGGAGUCUAUUUUAUCAAGAAACUUUUUCUCACAGUCUUUCGCAUAUUUCAGUGUUUCUUCCCUAAAGACUUUUACGUCUUUAAUCAGUGGUAUUAAAAGUGGUUUUUGCCGACGUUUUUCAUUCAGGUCUUUAUUGGCCACUGAAGAAAUUUCAGUGUUCCAUCUGUCUUCAACUAAUUUUUUAAAAUAUUUGACUUUCCGACGCCAUUCUAUUGAGUCAUUUACUGAUUUGCAUUGAAAUCCCUUACUGCCUUUCAAAAUUAAAUGAAUUAAUUCAUCAGAUAUAAUCUUUAGAGCAGUACCUAGAUGCAUUGCAAGGCUGGGAGCUUCAUAACUUUUUCUGAUCGGAUCAAAGCCUGUAAGUUCUCUCGUAGCAGAAAGAACUUGAUCAAAGUUUUCUGGAUCGAGAAGAUCUUUGAAUGCGACGUUAUUGUCAUUUACACGAGCUCUAUAUAUAAUCAAUAAUCGAGCAAGUUCUCUUAUCUUAUUACUACAUCUAUACUCCUUCCGUUCCCGUUUUUGAGAUUUCAAAUAAGAUUCUCCAUAAUGUGCUAUCAGUAGGUCUUUUUUCGCAACAAAUGAAAUCUCAUCGCCCCUCAUCAUAUUAAAAACCUGAAAACAGAUAAUAAUAGAUAAUUUGAAUAUGUAAUGGCAAUUGACUAGUAAAAAAAGUCUAGUUAGCUGUAAAAAAUUGAAUACCAUACAUUAAUAAUUAAGAGAGAGCAAUCCUAGUUAUAAUUUAGAUUUUUUGUUUAUUGUUAGCUGGCAAAUUUGGUUCUAUUACAAGAAGGCAUAUAAAAUAUCAAUACCUGUUCUUUCAAGUUCAGCUUGGAAAUUACAUCAGUCGGAUCUAGAGCACAUGCAACCGUUGUUUGUGAAAGAGCUACAUGAUUAACUUUGAAUUUUGUGUUCUCAGCUGAUCUAAUUUUUGCGGAACAGGUUUUAGCAUGACGAAUUAAGAAACUUCUCGCAUAUACAGCUUUACAGUAGACACAAGGAUAAUAAGUAAUAUUUGUGCCUUCAGAAAGUUGUUUCUUCGGACGAAUGAUUCCUUUCAGGUAAAGCUCAAAAUUCUGUUCAUUUCUUAACACACUUAUGGCCGAUUUCACCAACGUGUCUUAAAAUUUAGGAGUUUCUUAAUUCAAGUUAAGAACUGCCCAAAUCCAUUUUCGGUUUCACCAGUUGCUAAGUAUUUCCUAAAGUGAGAUAAGUAUUACCUAAGAUAGGUAUUGGUUAAACAGCGUUCUAAGCCGGUUAGGAAGUUCUUAGCCCGUUUGACAUUUGUCAUAAGUGACGUUAUAUUCCUAGCGAAUAUAGCAGCUAUAUGGAAGUGAUUGAAUUUAUCGAAGAUUUGGACCAUUAUGACGAUGAUGAUGAACAUAUACGACGUCCUCGUGUUCUGAGAGAUCGUACCGAUUAUUUCGAGCAGUACGACGAAAUGGAUUUUUUCCGUAGAUUUCGCAUGAAUAAAAACACUGCACUGUUCGUCUUAGAUCAAAUUGAACAUCAGCUGGCAUAUGCAGAUUACAGGUAUGUAUAACAGUGUAAAGGUACCUAAUAUUUGAAAUUAAAUUGAUAAUAUUUCGUUUUUACAGAAAUGCUGCAAUUGCACCCAUAAACCAACUUUUAAUUGCGUUGCGAUUCUAUGCAACAGGAUGCCACUUAACAUCUGUUGCCGAUUAUGGUGGUGUUAGUAGUAGCAGUAGUUGCAGGAUUGUAAAGAAAGUUUCUCAUGCUUUGGCAUCAUUGCUGCAAAGAUUUGUAAAAUUUCCCACCACAAAUGAAGAGAGAAAUAAAGUAAAACAUGACUUUUUUUUUAAUUGCCGGAUUUCCAAAUGUUCUAGGAUCAAUUGAUUGUACACACAUAAAGAUACAGUCACCAGGUAAAUUAAUGACCUAAUACCAACACAAUAUUAUUUAUGAACAUUUACAUUCAGGUGGAGAUGAUGCAGAAGUGUUCAGAAAUAGAAAAGGUUAUUUUUCAUUGAAUGUACAAACUGUCUCUGAUGCAAAAUUAAAGAUAUUAAACAUUGUGUGUCGUUGGCCAGGAUCUACACAUGAUUCUGCUAUUUUUCAAAAUAGCAGACUAUGCUAUCAAUUUGAGACAGGAGUGCAUGCUGCAGGAUUACUUUUGGGAGAUAAUGGAUAUCCUUUAAAAGUAAGAUAUAUGAUAUACAUAAUAAACAAUAUCUUAGUCACACAAUCUUUAGUAAGUUAAAAAAUAAUAAAAGAAACAACUAUUAAUUUAUUUGGAAAUUUAUUGCAAAACAAUUCCAUUUUAUAUCUAUUCAUUUUACUUCAAUUUCCCAUUUGCAUAAGUGUGAUCAAAUCGUUUAGAGGUUCUCCAUCUGAAACAAGAAUAACAUAUAUAUUUCAUGCUUUGUAUACAUUUGCUUUGGAUAACGUUAUUUAUACAUAUUUAAAAAUUUUUAGAAUUAUCUGAUGACACACCUUUUUAAGCCCACAAACUAUCGGCCAGCAAAAUUAUAAUAGGGCACAUAUUGCAACAAGAAAUACAGUGGAACGACAAUAUGGAGUGCUAAAACGAAGAUUUCCUGUAUUGGCUACCAGAUUAAGAUUAAAAUUAGAAAAUUCUAUAAAUGUAAUAUUGGCAUGCUCUGUAUUACACAACAUUUGCAUAGAUAAAAAUGAAGAUGUCCCACCAGUAGAAGUAGAGAAUAUUGAAAAUGAUAUACAAAAUGGCCAAAUGGAAAGAAAUAUUCAAAAUGGACAAAAUAAUUUAAGUCGAGAUAUACUUGUAGCUAGACAUUUUCAAUAAAAAAUUAAGAACUUCCUCACCUUUAAUUUUUUUAAUUAUAAGAUCCCUUAUUUCAAUAUCUUUUUCUAGUUUUCUUUUUUUGAGCUCGUGAAGUUCCAUUUCCCUUCUCAUUUCUGCAUCUAUUAGUUCUUGUUUUUUCCUUUCUGUUAAGCACCGUGCUUCAUUCAAGGAGCUCCCUCUUUCAAUUGAAAUUAGUGGUCGUCUUCUUUGGUGAACAGGCGUCUUAUCCUUGAAAAAAAUCUAUUAAAAAUCAUCCAAAGCAACAUGAUGAUUAUGCAUACUAUUAUUUGAGGCUGAAUCUGAUGCUCCUGUUCCUCUUCUUCCUCAACAACAAUGUUAUCUUGUAAAUCUGAAAUAUAUCAUUUUCUAUUAGCAUUGAAUUUCAUUACAUAUAUAUAUUAUAAC